UUCAAAACAUAUGGAAACAGCAAACAUGAGAGUGCCCAUCUUUGAGGAUUGCAAAGAUGAAAGUGAAGGAGAGAAAUCUGGGGAAGAAGAUACAGAAGAUGAAGAAGAAAAGGUGUUCCUUAAACCAGUCAUUGAAGACCUAAACAUGGAAUUGGCUAGAAAAUGUACCGAGCUAAUUAGCGAUAUCCAUUAUAGAGGAGAGUAUAAAAAAUCAAAAGACAAAUGUACAUUUGUACCUGACACACCUCUACUAAACCAUGUAAAACGUAUAGGUGCUUUUAUUUCUGAGGCAAAGUACAAAGGCACCAUCAAGGCAGACCUUUCCAAUUCGCUGUAUAAGCAGAUGCCAGCCACGAUUGACAGUGUAUUUGCAAGAGAAGUUUCACAGCUUCAGAGUAAGGUUCUCUACAAACAGAAACAUGAUGCUACAAAAGGAAUAUCAGACUAUUCACAUAUGAAGGAACCACCUGAUGUAAUGCAUGCCAUGGAAACCAGUAAACAUCAAAGUAAUGUUUCUUAUAGGAAGGAUGCAGAGGAUAAUCAUAAAUACAAUGCGGGGAUUGACAGACCAGACAUCAAGAUGGCAACCCAAGUCUCCAAGAUCAUUAGCAAUGCUGAAUACAAAAAAGGAAAAGGAGAAAUGAAUAAAGAACCAACUGUGAUGGGAAGGCCAGAUUUUGAACAUGCAAUGGAAGCUUCUAAACUUUCUAGUCAAGUUAAAUACAGAGAAAAAUUUGAUAACGAAAUGAAGGAUAAGAAACACCAGUAUAAUCCUCUUGAAAGUGCUUCUUUUAGGCAAAGUCAGUUUGCAGCUACCCUUGCAAGUGAUGUGCAGUACAAGAAAGAUGCUCAGAUGAUCCAUGAUCCAGUUUCCUAUCUCCCAAGCCUAUUUUUAGACCAUGCUUUGAAAACCAGCAAAAUGCUCAGUGAUCAUGAAUAUAAGAAGGUAUUUGAAGAAAGCAAAGGAAGUUAUCAUUUUGAAAUGGACACAGCUGAACACCUUCAUCAUAAAUGCAACACAGCGCUCCAGAGUCAGGUUAAGUACAAAGAAGAAUAUGAAAAAGCUAAAGGCAAAUCGAUGCUUGAAUUUGUGGAUACUCCAUCUUAUCAGACUUCCAAGGAGGCUCAAAAAAUGCAAAGUGAGAAAAUUUACCGAAAGGAUUUUGAAAAAGCAAUCAAAGGAAGGCCAUCGCUGGAUUUAGACAAGACUCCAGAAUUUUUGCAUGUAAAAUAUGUCACAAAUCUUCUUAAAGAGAAAGAAUAUAGAAAGGAUCUGGAAAAUGAAAUAAAGGGGAAAGGAAUGGAACUUAGUUCAGAGAUCCCUGACAUUCAGAGAGCAAAAAGAGCAUCUGAAAUGGCAAGUGAGAAGGAAUACAAGAAAGAUCUGGAAACUGAAAUUAAAGGGAGAGGAACACAAAUUGGCACAGAUGCCCUUGACAUACAGCGAGCCAAAAAAGCUUCUGAAAUCUCAAGCCAGAAAGAAUACAAAAGAGAUCUGGAGACAGAAAUUAAAGGCAAAGGGAUGCAAGUGGGCACUGAUACUCUUGACAUCCAGCGCGCUAAGAAAGCAUCUGAAAUGGCAAGCCAGAAAGAAUACAAGAGAGAUCUGGAAAACGAAAUUAAAGGGAAAGGAAUGCAAGUGAGCAUGGAUAUCCCUGAUAUGCUGCGAGCCAAGAGAGCGUCUGAAAUCUACAGCCAGAAAAAAUACAAAGAUCAAGCAGAGAAAAUGCUGACUAACUAUUCAACAGUGGCAGAUACUCCUGAAAUACAGAGAAUCAAGACAGCCCAGAAAAACAUCAGCACGGUGUUUUAUAAGAAAGGAGUGGGAGCUGGCACAGCUGUAAAAGAGACCCCAGAGAUGGAACGAGUCAAGAAAAAUCAGCAGAAUAUUAGUUCAGUGAAAUAUAAAGAAGAAAUAAAGCAGGCAACGACUAUCUCAGACCUUCCAGAGCUAAAGAGAGUUAAAGAAAACCAGAAGAACAUCAGCAAUUUUCAGUAUAGAGAGCAGAACUACAAAGCUACCCCUGUUUGCAUGACUCCAGAGAUCGAGAGAGUGAAGAGGAACCAGGAGCAUCUCAGCAUGGUGAAAUACCGAGGAGAAACCAAAUGUGCCACAUCCAUUUCUGACCCGCCAGAGCUGAAGAGGGUUAAAGAAAACCAGAGGAACAUCAGCAAUGUCCAUUAUAAGGGACAGCUGGGCAGAGCAACUGCCGUAAGUGUCACUCCAGAGAUGGAAAGAGUCAAGAGGAAUCAAGAAAAUAUUAGCUCGGUAAAGUACACCCAGGAUCAGAAACAGAUGAAAGGUAGACCAAGUUUGAUUUUAGAUACCCCUGGACUGAGGCAUGUUAAAGAAACUCAAAACAAUAUUUCCAUGGUAAAAUAUCAUGAGGACUUUGAGAAGACAAAGGGUAGAGGCUUUACUCCAGUUGUGGAUGACCCAGUGAUGGAGAGGGUGAGGAAGAAUACCCAGGUUGUCAGUGAUGCAGCUUACAAAGGUAUACAUCCUCAGAUUGUGGAAAUGGAUCGACGGCCUGGAAUCAUUGUGGCCCCUGUACUUCCUGGGGCCUAUCAACAAAGCCAAUCCCAAGGCUAUGGGUAUAUGCAUCAGACCAGUGUGUCAUCCAUGAGAUCAAUGCAACACUCUCCAAGUCUGAGGACCUACCGAGCAAUGUACGAUUACAGUGCUCAAGAUGAAGAUGAAGUUUCCUUCAGGGAUGGUGACUAUAUUGUCAACGUGCAACCCAUCGAUGAUGGAUGGAUGUAUGGCACUGUGCAGAGAACUGGGAAAACUGGAAUGCUUCCAGCCAAUUACAUUGAGUUUGUUAACUAAUUCUUUCUCCUCCUUCCCCUUUGAGCUUUAUUCUAAUAUAUUCCAAAACCUAACCUUUUUAAUAAGAUGGAAGAUACUUUUAAGACCACUUAUUAGCUAUUUUAUCACUGAGAUAAGUCAGUCCUUAAAUUGAAAAAUAGACACACAGGUCCCAGGAAGAAAGAAUGGGCUCUCAGCCAGAAGUAGCAGUAGAUCUAUUCUAGUAGAUCAUUCCAAAAACCAACCAACUCAGUUAGACUGUGACUGGAUAUCUAGUGCUGGUAGCUGUGUUAAUGUUUUCUUCUGAUUGACUCCUAAUCCCUUGUGUAAAAUGUACUUUUCUGGUAUUGAAAAGAGGCCUUGCUUCUCCCUCCAGAUCUGAUAAGUGAAGGAAGACCUUUUAGCUGUCACUCUGGAAUCAUGAGAGAUCCAGUCCAUUAGUAUAAUAAAAGCACAUCCAGUAAUCUCCAAGCUGUUUAAAUUUAGACUCAUUAGGCAGGUACCAAAUUCAGGUGUAAUCAUCUAGUUGGAAAUUGUUAAGGACUGGUAGAGAAUAGGCGGGUUAAAAUCACAUUGUCUUAUCCAGUAGCCAUAGUGGUAAAGAAAGUUUUGCUCACACAAUAAAAAGAUUCCCAGAUUCCUCGGCACAAUGGCAUCUGUGCUCUCCAUAUGCGUUCCCAGGUGUGCCCCUUUCCGCCACUUACAUUUGAUAGGGCCAACUGGUUAAGACUCCCUUUCUGCUUUCUAUUAUUUAUCCCCUAAAUCUAAUUCAGGGAAAAAGAAAUGUAAUAUUUGCUUGGCCUCAAAAAAAUGUCAGGGCCAAAUAACUCCAUAGCUACUCUGCAAAGGCCUAAAUUCAAAUGCUGCCUAUUUUCCUUUCCCAAUCUCCUUUACCCUGAUUACCGCAGGCAGGCUUAAGCUUAUGUACCAUAUGCAGCAUUACUGCACAGCCCAUAACCAUGCUGAUUAUUCCUGUCAUAACAGCCAAAUGCAUAGCUGAUUUAAAAAAAAUUCUUCCUAUUUGCCAGCUCAUGAGAAAAAAAAAUACAUUUUAAAAAGUUGCUUGAGAUUCUUCUGCUGUGCUACAUUCUAAUUUUGAAAGAGUUACAACCUUAGGAAAUAGACUUAUAUUCUAGUAAAUAAAUAAUUUAGGUAUUCCUUGAACAGCUUUCACUGACAAUGCUUCUAUAUUAAGGGGGAAAAAGACUAACAGGAUCUGGUGAAAAGUUGAAUUUGAAUGAAAAGUAUUGAAAAUUGCAAAAAAAAAAGUUAAUGGAAAGACAGAGAUUCUGUUUAGGGUAUAAUGAAUGGGUGUUUCUCAUUUGACUUCUGGCAUGGGAAUUCAGCAACCUAAACUGGUUAGAAAAGGAUUCUCUUUCUACUUUGUGUUAUGUCUCCUCUAGACCUAAUUUGGGCAGGGGGUGGCAGGAUGGGAGUAGAAAUAGGAAAUUCUUUAGUGAUUUUCAGCAUAGACACAAUGAGUUGCUCAUUAGUUGAGGAGUGAUCACAAAGGCUGAUUUUUCCCACAGAAAAUGAGUAGAAAUUCCCAUCAAAUUAGUACCACUCUACAGUGUCAUGAAGCCAAAAGCUGAAUAGAGGAACCAAGGUGUGGAUACACCUGUAUUUUAUUUUGUUCUGAUUUUGCAGUUUAUUGUCACCUUCAGUGAGAUUAUACGCAAAGAACAUCUGGAUUUUUUGUACCAAUGCUAAGCUUUGCUUAAUGCUUUAUUUUUUAAACUCUCCAAAUAUUUAGUAAAAUGUACAGUAUUUAGAGGGGAUAUCUGUAGCACAGAGUGUAUUGGAAAUUUUAAAGUAACAGUAAGCCUGAAAAAAUGUCUUGUUAACUGCAAAUCUUAUGGGGCUAUAGUUAAAUGUCUGUUGAGAUUUUAGACCUUUGAAAAUCUGUAUUGUCUCACUUAGGGGAGAUGGUGGAAUUAAGAAAACCAAUAAGCUGUAUUCCAAUCUAAUCAUGUCUACUUGGCAUCAAUAAGACUUGAAAAGUGAACAUUUCAGUCAAUCAGGCUUAUUUUGGAUGGGGUUUGGAGUGGUAAUAACAUCAUCUAAUAAUGAAUUUGACUGUUUUCAUUUGUCAUUGACUUGGAAAGUUAUUUAGCUGAAUUGACACAAUCAACCAGCUGUUUUGGGGGGUUAUUCAGGCACAGACUAAGGGAAACCUAAAUAUGUAAUUGAAUUGAAGAUUGUGCUUUGACAAAAACCCAAUCUAAAGGCAAUAAGCCUUUUUGCUCCCAUUUGAUUGUUAAGUAAAUAUGUAAAUUCCAAGGCACAACAUAGACCAUUUUCUGUGAUAAAAACAAAAUAGGAAAGGAAGAAAGCAUUUGGUAACUGCAAUUUCAAACAAAGCAGAGAAUGGCUAUAAUUUUUACAAACCCAUAUGUGGUAUGCUCAAGGAAAACUGACUUUAAGUGAUCAUUAGAAUCAGGGCUACAAAGUGACUACAGACUUGGUAUUUUAUAUUUAUUCUGUGGUUUCAAAACUCCAAUUUAGAAAAUGUAAACACCUACAUGAGUGCACAUGGAUCCACAUAGAUGCAGUCUUCUAUUUCUGAGCUUCACAUAAGAUCUGGAUAUCAAUCAAGAUAAUUAUUCAUGUAAUACCAACCAGCAGUAAUUAAGGGGCAAGCGUCAGCAUUGAACUAAUUGGCAGUGUUGUAGAUGUGGUAAAGCAAGAUACUGUGUACUCUGAAGAUCAUAAUUCAUUAUUGUUGUUCGUGUUUACAAAAUCUUGUACUGACGCUAAGUAUCUCUGAAGCAAGAAAAACAGUAGAAACACAGAAAUCUUAUACCAAAGUACUCUUUCUAUAGCGUCACAGUGUACAAUGUACUUUCUUUAUUUUAAGGUACAUUCCUGGUGUUCCUAUUUGCUUUUUUAUUAACGAUCCACUUGACACCACCACCCUUCCCCCAUCCUAAUCCAGCUUGGUGACAUCUCUCAUAUAAAACAUUGACAGCAAAAGAGCAAAGUUAAGAAUAAAUCAUCUAUUUUAUCGAGUCAAAGAAGACUGCACCAUACCAAAAAAAAAAAAAAAAAUAGAAAGAGUGAAUGUCCCUACCUUUCUAAUCAAGGGACAUUUACAAGAGUGAUAAAAGCAGCUUGACCAGUUUGAUAUGUUUUUAAAGGUUCCCAGGAACAACAACAACAAAAAUUCAAAACUGUGUGUGAAUCGUUUUUUCUCUUGAGAAUGACGUGAACAAGGACAUAUUUCUUCUGUUGUAAGUGAGGUUUUGUAGUACACGUUUUUACUAAUUCUUAUCUAGGAAAGCUUUCUAUUUUUAACCUGUGGCAAAAUGAAUUCUCCUUUGUCAUGUUGUUAUCAUCAACUCUAAUUAGCAGCAUAAUACAGUUUGCAAUGUUGGGAUUCAUAUCUCACAUCUCACUGAGCUCAGCAGAACAUACAAAAGUAUGGAAGCACAAUUCUCAGAACCACCUGUGUAGACCUGCCAAUGUAGCAGGGCAUUACUCAACCUGUGUUUUUGCUUCUCUCAUCAAUUAAGUGAAGUGAUAAGCUUAAAAAAAAGUAUGUUAUUUUGCCUGCUUUUUUUAUUUAUUUUUUUUUUGUAAACCGCAGAUUGACCUGUCUUUGUUGUGCUUCAGGGCAUUUCAAAGACUGGAGAGAAGUCCCUUCUCAAAGAGGCAGUGUGACUAAAGUUACCCCUCUAUUUCAGAUUCAUUCACCUCCACUGGAAUGUUUUAAAGGCAAAAAUAAUAAAAUGUGUGUUACCUUUUAAAAGCACACAUGUGUAAAUAUGGAGAGAGUGAAUAAGAUUUCAUUAUAGAUUUAAUAAAAUGGGUGCCUUGUUGAUUAUCCCCCAUUUGUCCACAUGGCAUUAGAAAGAAAACCAAGCAAGUUUCUGUUGCCAAUUCUAUAGAAAUGCUCAUAUCAUGUGUGAUUUGUAUUUUAAGAAAUGGGAAAGUCUGGAGAAAGAAGAGCUCUCUCUGUCAUCCAGCCAUGUUGGGAUUAAUAACUAAUUGUAUUUCACUUUCCGAAGAUUCGAACUCAAAAAUGGAAGGGCAUUUUUAAACUUUUCCAUCUCUUCCUUGAGAGCUCCUUGGGGACUUAAAAUGCCUAUAGUUCUUUAACACAAGGGUUAAUUUUAGGUUUGGGGAUUUUUAGUAUCUCCUAGACAAAAGAAUUAUGAGGCAUAAGCAUUUGGCAGAAUUAACUUCAUGAGAAGAAAAUUGUUUCAUGAUUUCGUAACUCCUUCAGCUCUUUGCCUCUAAGAAUCUAAAACCUGUGUAGAUAGGUAGGCCUAUAAAAGUUGCUAGAUUAUGGCUGUCCUGAGUAACAUGAAAUAUGGAAACCAAAAACUUUAGUUAAGUACUGUCUUAGUAGUAAAACAUAUACAUUAGAUUAAAAAUGCUAACUGAAAGUAGCUCUUUGAAGUACUAUAUGCCCUUCAGGGCUCUUUGCAGGCGAUUGCUAACUACUGCUGAUGUAAAAAGCUAAGACUUUAGAUAAGCUGUAGCAAUUAUUCCAAGAUGCUUUAGACUACAGGACCCCCAUACCACAAGUCUGGAAGAAGCCUCAGGACCAUCUGUUCCCCCUCAAACUCUGCGAUUCACUACAAUAUAUUUGUGAGGAUAUCUUAUGCUUUUUGUGUCUGAUAUACAAUAUAAAGUUUACUACUAGAUUUAAGUUGUAAUCCAUUUGCUGUUGAGAAUAAAUUGUAUUGGAAGAUGAAAGGAUAAUGCAUGACAAUCAUGUGCUUGGGUAUUGCACCGGACAGGUUGCUGGACCAUCAGAAAAUAGCACUGAAUGUACUGUUGACAUGAUGUGGAAACUAUAAUCUGUUGGUUUUUGCCAUGUGAUAUUAAAAAAAAAAUAGCAAAAAGGAACCACUGGGCAGUUUGGCUUAUAUUUGCUUUAAAGUAUGUAGAAUUUGAGUUUGUUAUCCUGCUUUUUUUUUUUCUUUCGCAAAACUGUAUUUGCUUAAAAGGCAUGCAGUUAAGAAGGAAACAAUGUUUUUUGAAUGGAGGGACUUACAGAAUGAAGUCAUGUGUUGACAUAAUUUGGUUUUUGUUAUGCAGAUUGUUAACACCAGCUAUUAAAAUAUAUUUUAGUAGAAAUGCUUUAAUUCACGUUCUUUUCCCUUUACACUGUGAAUCUUGAAGCCUUGGUGGACUACAGCAACAUCAUGCUAACCCAAAUACUAACCUAUGCAAACUAGAUCACGUUUCAUUUGAUGUCACAGUGAAUGUAACAUGAUAGUUUUUUUUUUUUCCCUGCCUAACAUGCAAUGGCAUUAAAAACAAACGGUUGAGUCUCACAUCAUGUAUGUCCAUCGUGGUCACUGAACGCACUCUUCAAUGCAACUGUCGUCAUUAGGAUCAGUUUAGGAGCAAAGCACCAGUUCGUUUGGAUUGGUCGAUGGAUUGUUAAAAUGAGAAUGCCCGAUGAUGUACGCCUGCUGUAGCUCCAGCUUGCUUCCUUUGAGUGUUUUCUUUAAGUAGAACUGUGUGUAAAAAUGCCCUCACUUCUGGGUAUGGAUAUUCUUUUCUUCAUUCUGUAUUUGUGAAACUUUAUAAAAGCAUUAAUUUUCCAUCCCUAAACACUUGGUUUGCUUAAAUAAAUGCAGGUAAUGAUGAAA